CAACAUCACACACAACUACUCCUUAUAACCAAAACCAACAACAACUAUGGCAAGUUAUCAGAAGCACUACGAUGAUCAGGGUCGCAAGGUCGACGAGUAUGGCAAUGUUGAGAGGCAAACUGACGAAUAUGGCAACCCGGUUCAUGCCACUAGUGUCACUUAUGUAGCCACCAAAAGUGUUGGUGGCUACAAUGAUGACGCUAAUAAGCAACAUGAUAUUACUGGUGUCUAUCCCGAAAAAGACACCGGUAGACAUCAUUUUGGUCGUGGUUACGACGGUGACACUAACAAGCAACAUGAUGCUACUGGUGUUUAUCCCGGAAUAGACAUUGGUAGAGAUCAUGGGACUACCGGUGUUUAUGGCCUAAACACCGACAGACAUCAUGGAAGUACUGGUGUCAAUCCCGGGAUAGACACCCAUAACCAACAACAUGGGACUACCGGUGGUUAUGCUGGUGACACUGGAAGGCAGCAUGGGAAUACAGGUGGCCUUUACUAUGGAACCGACACCGCGGACACAGGAGCCGGUCCUAGAAGUGGAAACACCGGUGGCACCGGUUAUGGAGGCACUGGUGGUACUGAUUAUGGAACAGCUGGUGGCACUGGUUAUGGAAGUGGAACUGGCUAUGGAAUCAACACUGGGGGUGCGCACACUGAAGCAGGGUAUGGGAAGGAGCAUCGUCAGCAUGAGCAAUCUCAUGGUGGUCAGCACGAGAAGAAAGGGAUACUGGACAAGAUUAAGGAGAAGCUUCCUGGAGGACACAGUGACAAGUAGAUGCAUCGUGCAUGCAUGCAUAUAGUAUAUAUAUAAUAUUGUUGUCUUUGAAUAAAUUUGCUACAUAUGUACUUGGAGGAUAUAGUAUAUGGUUAUAGUAUAUUAUAUAGAGGAAUAAAAAAUGUAUGCAUGUAAUGUAAGGGUUCUCAUAUACGUGGCUGAAAUAUAAAGCAUAAUAAAGGCAUUGAUGUUGUGCCAAUAUAUAUGUUGAGAGUUAUUGGGCUUAAGCCUACGCGGUUGUGGAGCAGGUUUCUUCACUUUUGGAUUUAGAAAUGAAGCCAGCUUUUAUAUUUCUUUC